AUGGAAGAGCAAGCAAGACCUCCUCAACUGAUCGGUACAAAUUAUGCCUACUGGAAGGCAAGAACCAAGAUCUAUCUUCAGGCACAAGGAGUGAAUGUGUGGAAGGCCGUCACCCAUGGUUGGACUCACCCCAAAAGGAUUCAAGAAGAUAAGUCAGAAAUUCUCGCUCCGGUUGAACAGUGGAACGCCGAAGAAAUUAGCGACAGUGACAAUAACAACAAGGCACUGAAUACAAUUACUGGAUCGCUUGAUGAGGGUCAAUUCGGGUUAAUUGCUGGAUGCAGCUCUGCAAAGGAUGCCUGGGAAAUUCUUGAAAAACUUUAUGAAGGAGACUCCUCUGUCAAACAAACCAAGAUGCAGCAAGUCCUCACCAAAUUUAAAGAAUUACGGAUGAAAGAUGAAGAAACCAUCGUCGAAUUUAAUGCUAGAGUUCAAGAAUUGAAGAACGAAGCUGCCGUAUUGGGGGAACCAUUCUCCUCGGACAAACUGGUCAGGAAGAUUCUUCGAUCCCUUCCUGUACGCUUCAGGAUGAAAGUCACUGCAAUUCAAGAAAGCGUAGGUUGGGAAACAAAAUCUGUUGCGGAACUAAUGAGCAAUCUAAGAACAUACGAAAUGGAUAUCCUAUCGCAAGACAACAACUCAAAAAGGGGUAAGAAUGUUGCAUUUAUUGCCGAAGAAUGUGACUCAGAAGAAGAGUGUGAAGAACUGGAUGAUGAAUCUGUGGCAAUGAUAACAAGAAAUUUCACCAAGAUUCUCAAACAAAUAAAUUGGAGAAACAGAGGAGGCAAGAAUCAACAAAACAGACCCAACAGUGCUGCUCCAUCCUCGUCUAACUCAUCACGAACCGUCGGAAAAUCAUCAAAUCCAAAUCAGCAGAAGAACCUUAGUCAAAUCAAUCAGUUCGGUCAAAAUCAAAACUUGACUCGACAAAAUCAAUGGCAGCAAGGGGAAGUUAAGAACAAGAACAAAGGAAUUCACUGCAGAGAAUGUGAAGGUUUCGGACACAUUCAGGUGGAAUGUGCCACUUACCUCAAAAGAAAGAAAUCCAUGAAGGCAACAACCUGGAGUGAUGAAGAUUGUUCUGAAGAAGCUCAAGAUGAAGAUGAAGAAAUAUCAGGAAACUUCGUAGCAUUCACUGCAGUUGUUGCUGAAUCUCAUUCGGACUUGGAUAAUAGUUCAGAUCAUGAAGAUGUAGAUAAAAUACCUUAUGAAGAACUUGAACAAUCCUACAUCAAACUGUACAAGAAAUGGGAUAUUCUCUUGAAGACUCACACAACCACAAAUUCUAAAACUGAGUUUCUUGAAAAGAACAUUGAAUCCCUGAAGAAACAAGUUGCUGAUACAAAUGUUAAACUAGCAAAGUCCAACUCCAAAGUGAUGAAGCUCUCGGCAGAAUUAGAAGCUUACAAGAAACAGAUCCAAAUGAUGAACACAACAUCAACUCUCAAUCAAAUCCUUGACUCCGGAAGAUCACCUAACAUUCGAAAUGGUUUGGGGUACACUCGAAACUCUCAAAAUUCUUUCACUACUAAGUUUGUCCCUGCAAGUACUAGCACUUGGACAAAUGUUGAAACCAACCAGAAGAUUUUGAGGAAAUAUAACCCAACAUGUCACUACUGCUGUAAGAAAGGCCACACGAGACCGGAAUGUUAUAGGUUCUACAGUGAUCAGAGAACUGACAAAUUUCAAAAGAAAUGGAUCACUCCAGUCAGUCGUCAAGUUUGGGUAAGAAAAUCUGAUCUAGUUUGCUAUUCUAUGCUUCUUGAAAAAGAACAGGGAAAAUGGUAUUUCGACAGUGGCUGUUCUAGGCAUAUGACCGGCAGUAAAGAAUUCCUCAAGAAUGUGAUUCCAUAUACUGGACAAGUAGCCUUUGGUGAUGGAAUUAAGGGUGACAUCAUGGGUAUUGGGAUCCUCAAUGUAGCUGGACUACCCUCACUAUCGAAGGUACUACUGGUACAAGGUCUUAAAGCAAAUAUGAUCAGCAUCAGCCAGUUGUGCGACCAAAAGUUGAAUGUAGGGUUCACGAAAGAUCAAUGCAUUGUUAAGGACAAACUGAACAAAGUUAUUAUGGAAGGUAUAAGAUCCUCUGACAAUUGCUAUAUUCUGUCUUCAAAUCUUCUGUGUUGCAGCACCACCUCUAGUAAUACAGAUCUUUGA